AUGGUCGAGCUGGUGGGUCCGCUCCGAAAACAGCUGGCUGAGUCUCUGUCCACCUGCAAGGUGCUGGUGGUUGGAGCGGGAGGAAUCGGCUGUGAGCUGCUGAAGAAUCUCGUUCUUGCCGGCUUCAAAAAUAUCGAAGUGAUCGACUUGGACACAAUUGAUGUCAGCAACCUGAACCGUCAGUUCCUCUUUCAGAAGAAACAUGUUGGAAAGUCUAAAGCCGAGGUCGCCAAGGAGAGUGCCUUGCUGUUUUGUCCCACCGCAAAUAUCACCGCUUACCAUGACAGCAUCAUGGAUCCUGAGUACAAUGUGGAGUUCUUCCGAAAUUUCAAGCUAGUGAUGAACGCUCUGGAUAACAGAGCUGCUCGAAACCAUGUAAACAGAAUGUGUUUGGCAGCUGAUAUCCCGCUGGUGGAGAGUGGCACUGCGGGCUAUCUGGGACAAGUCACUGUCAUCAAGAAGGGCCUGACAGAGUGCUAUGAAUGCAAACCUAAACCCACCCAGAAGACCUUCCCAGGAUGCACAAUCAGAAACACACCAUCAGAGCCCAUCCACUGCAUCGUCUGGGCAAAGUAUCUCUUCAAUCAGCUGUUUGGAGAAGAGGAUGCAGACCAAGAAGUGUCUCCUGAUACCGCGGAUCCUGAAGCUGCAUGGAACCCUGAAGAGGCAGCAGCUUGUGCUACGGCUUCCGAAAAGGACGGCGACAUCAGGCGCGUAUCUACCAAGGAAUGGGCUCGGUCCACGGGAUAUGACCCCAUUAAACUCUUCACUAAGCUUUUCAAAGAUGACAUUAUGUACCUGUUGACCAUGGACAAGCUGUGGAAAAAGAGGAAAGCUCCGCUGCCUUUGGACUGGCAGCAUUUAGAGAACAGCGUGUCUCCUCAGGAGCACAGCCCGUGUUCAGGGUUAAAGGACCAGCAGGUUCUGGGAGUUUGGGGAUACUCUCAGAUGUUCCAGCACAGCGUGGAGACUCUCCGCUCACAGCUGCAAGAAAAGGGAGAAGGAGCUGAGCUGGUCUGGGACAAGGAUGACCCUCCUGCUAUGGACUUUGUUACUGCAGCAGCCAACCUGCGUAUGCACAUCUUUAGCAUGAACAUGAAGAGUCGCUUUGACGUAAAGUCUAUGGCAGGUAACAUCAUUCCAGCUAUUGCUACAACAAACGCUGUCAUUGCCGGACUCAUUGUGCUGGAAGGACUCAAGAUCCUGUCAGGGGAACUGGAAUCCUGUCGCACGAUCUACUUGAACAAGCAUCCCAACUGUAGAAACAAGCUGCUGGUCCCGUGCAUUCUGGACCGGCCGAGUCCGAACUGCUACGUAUGUGCCAGCAAACCUGAAGCCACCGUUAAGCUCAACGUACACAAAACGACGGUCCUCUCACUACAGGACAAGAUCCUGAAGGAGAGGUUUGGUAUGGUGGCUCCAGAUGUUCAGAUAGAAGAUGGAAAAGGCACCAUUCUUAUCUCCUCAGAGGAAGGAGAGACAGAAGCCAACAACAGCAAAUUUCUUGCUAACUUCGGGAUCCGUAACUGCAGUCGUCUCCAAGCUGACGAUUUCCUCCAAGACUACACCCUCCUCAUAAAUGUCCUACACGUUGAGGAACUCGAGAGGGACAUGGAGUUUGAGGUUAUUGGUGAUGCACCAGAUAAAGCUCCGCCCCCUCAGAGUAAACCGGAAGAGGUUAACAGCAUCACCAAUGGGAACAAGGACUCUACCCAACCUUCCACCUCGUCGAAAGCUUCAGCAGAAGAUGACGACAUCAUGCUUGUGGACUCUGACGAGGAGUCCGAGUCAUCGUGUUCUGCAGCAGUGACCAGCACCACUAAGAGGAAGCACUCAGAUACAGAAACGGGUGAAACCUCUAUGAAGCGCCCGAGGGUGGACCAGUCAAAUACAGCAGGUGCUGCCACUGAUGAUGAUGAGGAUAUCAUCGCUCUGGACUAGCCUCUCUCCUCCCUGAACUCUUUGAGCACUCGUCAUUUUGACACAGUAGGCUUGAAUAAAACACCUUUUAUUAAGAACAGUUUAUUGCUCUGGUCCCUUGUUGGUCACUUCCUCUUUCAGUGUUCGUGCUUUCGUACUUUUGCUCAUGAUGCUGUAAAUACAAUAUGCAGUUUAAAAGUUUUGGACUAUAUGUGGUUCCUUUAAAGUGCAUUUCUUGACAGUAAAAACAAGUGCUUUGUUCUUUAUUUUUUAUAUAUAAAUGUACUGUAUUUCAUCCAGGGUGUCGUGUUUGCUUUGUCAGGUCACAAAAGGAGUUAAAAACCAAAACAGUUUAUGAAUUUUGUUGAUCUCAGAUAAACUCGUGGAGCCAGCAGUCUGGAGCAAGUUGGGGUCUCGUCCGGGUUACUGCCUGUAGGUGCUCUUCUGCAGAGUUUAGACAGAUUGUGCCCUGGUGGCCGUUAGUUUGCUACCUCUUUUCUAGAACCAACAUACUUUGGCUGCAACUAUGCAGCCAUGCUCUUCUUAAGAAGGUCACGGUGUGUCCAGAUGAAAAAAACAAAAACAGCA